AUGUGUCUCUCUGUCUGUGUUCAUACUUCAUCCAUUGAGACAAGAGAUGAAGAAGAAGAAGGCACAGAGGUAAACACAAUGUCUCUAAUCCGGAACCCUAGAUCACCCACCUCUCUACUCAACUGGGUCUCCCACAAAGUCUCCACCUUUAAAAAACCCCAACCUCCCAUAAACCCUAGAAGAUCUCUCUCCUCCACCGCCACCACCUCGAAACUCCCCAGAAACGAGAUUCGCAAACUAACCCAACUCGCCAUGUUCGACUACUUCUACAACAACAGAGGCCUACAGUUCCUAAUCGCCGAGAGCAUGAGCAAAAACGCUCCUUUAUUCAACGACACCCUCCUCAACAAGCUGCACAACGAUUCUCAUUCUUACUCUGCUUCUUGUGGUGAUGAGUUAAUCAGAUCCAUCACUAAGUUCCUAUUGUACCACCCUGUGAACGAGUUCGAGCCUUUCUUCGAGAGCUUAGGUCUGAAACCCUCUGAGUUUAGCCCUCUCGUGCCUUGUGAUAAGAUGUUUUUGAACGAAGAUGCGUUCUUGUUGGAGAAUUAUCAUGUCUUUUGGAACUACGGGAUUGGUCGGGAGAAGAUGGGGAAGAUCUUUAAAGAAGCUAGGGAGGUGUUCGGUUACGAGAGUGGUGUCUUAGCUUCAAAGAUUGAAUCUUUAGAGCGUCUGGGGUUUGGGAAGGUGUUUGUCUCCAAGGUCAUCGUUUGUACCCCGAGGGUGCUGAUCGGGGAGACGAAUUUAGAAAUGGUCAGCGUUAUAGACAUGAUUGGUUCGGAUUGGGUGUUGGAGAAUUUAUCAGAGGGAGGCUCUUAUGACUGGAGAUGCAUCCAUAGGUGUUUAGCCUUUCUCAGAGAGUUAUGUGGAGACGACGAGAGUGAGCUGUUAGAGUUAAUCAAGAACCGGCCGGGUCUGGUUCUGGAGGAGUCUGGAGAGUGGACAAUGAUCUUAGCUGGGUUUCAGACAAAGCUAGGUUGUUCCAGAAGCGAGUUGGCUUUGAAGCUUCCCCAGAGUAGUAGUCAGGAGGUUGGGAAGUGUGUUUCGAAUCUACGGCAUUGCUUUUUGUUCUUGAGAGGUAUCAAGAUGGAGGCUUAUGAGAUUGGUAAGGUGUUUCGUAACCACUCUCACUGGCUUGGAGUGUCUCGUUUGAAGCAUACUAGCACCUUUCUUAAUACUCUGAAAGGCGGGAAGAAGCGGCUUUGUCAGGUGAUUCAGGAGAAUCCGGAGGAGAUGAAGAAAUGGACUAUGGGGUUGAGAGUAACGCCGUUGCCUGGGACUGGUGUGGUGGACGUAGUCGGCUCCAAAGCGAUGAAGACACAGUUUUUGAAGGAGCUCGGAUACGAGGAGAAGGAGAUGGAGAAGGCCCUCAGGUGUUUCCGGGGGAGAGGGUCUGAGCUCAGGGAGAGGUUUGAGUUUCUUAAGAGUUUGGGGUUGAGUGAAGGGGAGGCUAAGGAGAUGGUGAAGGCGUCUCCUGAUGUGCUAACACAGGCGAGCGAUGUGUUGGAAGCAAAGGUUGAUUACCUUGUGAAUGAGUUGGGGUACCCGCUUUCGACUCUUGUGGCUUUCCCUUCGUGUCUUAAGUACACUCUUGAAAGGAUGAAGGUAAGGUUCGCGAUGUACUAUUGGCUGCGAGAGAGAGGGAAGGCGGAUGGGAAGCUUGCGAUAAGUACUAUACUUGUGUACUCUGACAAGUCCUUUGUGACGAGGUUUGUGAACCGGCACCCUGAUGGUCAUAAGUAUUUUGAGGAGUUGAAGAAGAGUGCUUCUUUGUGAGUAUAUAGAAGAAGAAAGUUUAUCAAGAUGUGGUUCUAACCUUUUGUGGAGCAGUAACUUCAAAUCUCUCUUUACUUUGUGUUUACACAAGUUCAAUAGCAAUUUUGGAUGAAA